AUGCCUGCCCUCCACCUUCGCAGCUUCCACCUCAUCUUCCGGUCUGGGCCAUCACCAUCGCUACCGCCAUCAUUGCUUUCUCCGCACCACAGCGCACACUGAAAAUCCUGCACCAGAAGAAUGUCGAGUAGCGCAUGGCAUGCAUUGCCACAGCGAGGUCAUCUGACCCGUCUGCUGAGCUCUUGUUCAUGUUCUCCCGCCGCCCGCCUUCCCGCCCUUGCUCCGCACUCUCAGCAGCAGCCCGCUCCUUCCAAGCUCAAACGCUGCUUGCACACCAGUCACGCACACGCACACGCACACGCACACGCACACGCACACGACAAUGACGCUCAGAUGACCGUACCUCAUAGGGCGCUAGUCAGCGUGCACGGUCCGCAGACGGUCAAGCUGCUUCAAGGUCUGCUCACGUGCAACGUCGCACCCGCCGCAUUCACCAUCGACGCACCUCCUCCUCCUUUGGCCCCUGAGCAAGCAGCGCCACCACCUCUCCUGUACGGAGCGUUCCUGCAACCUUCGGGUCGCAUGCUCGCCCCCGUAUUCUUGCAUCCUCAUCCGCAACGCUCUCGAUUAUCGCAAGAGACGGAUGGCGAAGCUGUGGUGUUGGAUCUGGACGAGCGAAAUUUGGAAGAGGUCAUGCAUCACAUUCGACGCUUCAAACUUCGUAGCAAGGUCAAGCUGGAUGCGCAACAUUUCAACAAGCAGUGGCGCGUCCAUGCGCAUUUGGCACUCGAUCAAAGUCAAGCGUCGAGUCUGCGAGCAGCAGGAGCAGCAGCAGCCAGGGAUGCCCGAACACCGCAGAUGGGUCAUCGCUUGCUGGUGCAGGCUGAGCGUGGCAAUGACGAUACAGGAGAUGCGCACACCGUUCAUCGCUAUCUUCAAGGAGUGGGCGAGGGUCCCAUCGAAUUCGUGCCCGGUGCAAGUCUGCCAUUGGAAGUCAAUGUGGACUGGAUGGGCGGAGUCGACUACAAGAAGGGCUGCUACGUCGGACAAGAAUUGACGGCGCGCACACAUCACACGGGCGUAGUCAGGAAGCGCGUCGUUCCCAUCACUCUGUACGAUCCUCAGCUCGGCCCUCCCUCCGAGCACGCUUACGACCCUUCAUUCGAUGCCACGACAACUUCGGGGGCAGAUGUGCGGUCUACGGGCGCGAGCAGCAGCAGCAGCAGCAGCAGCAGCGCGGCAAGGGGUCGAUCAGCAGGACGUCUGCUGGGUAGCAUUCACAACGUGGGACUGGCCUUGCUUCGUCUGGAACAAGUGCACAGGACGCUCUUGGCGCCAGGUGCGGAAAAUGCGCUCGAGAUGAGCGUACAGACGCAAGAUGGAAAGACGCUGGGCGUGAGACCUUGGAUACCGUAUUGGUGGCCAGAGCAUGCCAAGAAAGCCGAAGCGAGCGGCGAGUGAUCGCAACUCGCAAGCGACGAGAGGGAGGGGUGGGGGCCCAAAAAAGAGGUGAAAGAGCGGUACAGCGCGGAUGAUGAAAGAUCUGUCAAAGGCAUUCCAAGAUCAAUCGUCUGGAUACAAUGCUCCUGGGUUCAUGAUGUUGAGAGGGUCCAACGUGCGCUUUAGCGUACGCAAGAGGUCCACGGUGCCUUUGCCAAGCUCGCGCUCGAGCAGAUCUCGCUUGCCUCUACCAAUCCCGUGUUCCCCCGUGCACGUGCCUCCCAACGCUUGUGCGGCGUAC